AUGGUAUGUGCCUUCUAUAUCCUAUUCUGGCCUGAUUCUGAUAUAGAGUACCCUCACAGUCAAGUGUUGUUGAACCGCAGAUACAGAAACGAUAUACCUGGAGAUCAGUCGUUAAUACGGAACUUCGAGAAUACGUUCAAGAAGCUUCCGAAUGAGCAAAAAACCCCGUUUAUUGAGAGCAAUGGCAUAACCUACACCUACAUUCGAGGCAAUUUCGAUAUCCUAUUGAUGGCAGUGUCAGUACGAAAUAUCAACGCCAUGCUGACGAUUCUAUUUCUCAACCAGUUCUAUGGGACCUUAUGCCACUACUUAUGCUCGGGAUCCAAUGGGCAGAAACUUGACAAAGACACUGUUAGUGACAAUUCAAUGUUGAUUUUCGACUUGCUAGAUGAAUGCAUGGAUUUUGGCGUCAUUCAAGUCACCGACUACAACUUGUUAAAGGAGUACAUCAAAAUAGAGGCCAAUCUACCAAAGUUGAAGCAGGGUGCCGAAAAAUACUCCUCCGAUAGCGAAGACGAAUCAGAAACUUCCAAAUCGAAAUCCAAGUCGAAGAGCCACAAGCACAAGGAUAUCAAAUCCACCCGAAAUCAAGCCAAUAAAUCCGAUGUGAUGUCUGAUGACAAUUCCGUGAUCAAUAGCUCAAUUUUGAGGACGUAUUCCCUGGCCAUAAAUUGGCGUCCCAAAGGGAUAUUUUACGCGAAGAACGAGAUUUAUAUUGACAUAAUUGAGCACUGUGAAUUUCACUAUGAUAUCCAGCUGGAAAAGGUCAAGAAAAACGAAAUCCAUGGUUCGUGUGCUGUCAAGUGUUAUUUAUCGGGAAUGCCCAAUUGCAAAAUUGGCUUUAAUGAGAAAUACAUAUCCAGUGUUGACAACGAGGAUUUCAUCGAAAAUGAAGAAGAACCAAUUGAUAUGAGUGGUAACCAGCUUGUAAUAAAGGAUGAAGAUGAUGAUGCAGAAGAUGAGCAAGAAACACUAGUUGGAGAAGAAGAUCAGGCCAAACGCAAAGAUCGUAUACCUAUCAGGGACAUUCAGUUUCAUCAAUGCAUACAAUUAGGAUCAAUUUACAAAGAUAAUUUGGUUACGUUCACUCCCCCAGAUGACAAAUUCACACUCAUGACAUAUAAUGUUGAACAGCACAAGCAAAAACGAAAGGGAGCAUUGAUCAUGAUAAAACCCACUUAUAGAAUAUUGAGCCAGUCUAAAAAGCUCCAAAUACUUUGUGUCCUUACUACGAAGUUUAAAAAAAGGCUCCAUUGCCGAAAUUUACUCGUAAGAAUACCAAUCAACCCGAAUAUAUUUGACAUAACGUCUCUAGACGAGGAUGGGUUGAAGUACAAGACGGAAAUGGGAGAAGUUAGUUACAAAAUCGACAGCUCGGAGCUAGUGUGGUCGAUUGAUAAUAUUACUGGGAAAAAAGCGGUGAAGAUGAUGGCCGAACUUAGUUUGAAUUCGGUGACCCAAGCCAACCUACACAAUAUACAGAACCUGCUCAACCACAGGUUUGAAGAGCAGACACAAAACGAGGAAGAUGAUGACGAUAAUAUCACCAAGGAGCUCGAUACGUUCUAUGGGGUGAAUGGACAAUCUUCCUCACUGGCAUCCAAGAUCUUGAAAAAGAUUACACAAAACAAUACUUUCAACAAUAUCAAAAUCACCUUCAACAUACCUAUGCUAUCUUAUUCAGGUCUUAAAAUUACCUAUUUGCGGGUCGAUGAAGAGCAGAUGAAGUAUACAUGUUUUCCAUGGGUGCGUUACAUCACGGAAGCUACCGACAACCAAGUCGAUGAACAAUCUGGUCGUAACAAUGCCAGCCAUUGUGAUUAUCAGUUCAAGUUGGCACCGUCAUGCUUUACCCUAAUAUAG